UGCGGAAUCAAAACAAGGGAAUAAGCCAAAACAUGCAGUAGUUCCCCAGUUUGCAUUGCAACAACAUCGAUUAAGACACUCCGAGAAACGAGACUCGAUUUCUGGAAAUUCGAAACGAUUUCCGAGGUGGGACAGCCCUUGGUGUUCACAGUGAGCUGAUAUGAGUGGUAUAGAAGAAAAGAGAUGAAUCGAUUAACUUUAGUCGCCUUUUUAUUGGUAUUCGUCGGCAUCACGUUUCAGUCAACAGAUUUCCAGGACAACCUGAUAAAUGGGUACAGAGCGCUCAUUGCAGAUAUCCAGGUCCGCACUCAGAAGUCCCGAGAGGACAUGGACACCCUCGUCUCCCAAAUCAAGCUCCUUAUGAAGAACGAAGCUGACAAAGCUAUCAACUACAUGACUGUUUAUCUUGAGCAGAUUUCGCUAUAUUUUCAAGUAAUAAUUCACGAUAGGAAGCCUCGUAAUGGAACCUAUUGCAAGGAGAGCAUUGUGAAGUUGCUGGGAGAAAACCUGCAACUGGCUGAUGAGAAUGUCACGCUGUGCCUUGCGCUGGGAUACCAGAGGGUGCAGAGGCUGCCAGAAAAACUACAAGUUCAUUUCGAGACACUGGAAAACCUAAAGAAAUAUUCAGCAUCAAAACUGUUUGAGUGUCAAAAGCAACAGCAAGUCGGGGGAAAUUGUUCGCACGAAAGUCAAGACUUGGAGAGAACAGUGUUUCUGUACGAAACGUCUCCAUUCCCAGUGGUAAUGGCCGAGAUAGCUAUUCACGGGUUCAAGGAGGUCAGUGACCUCAGCGUGUGCCUGAAGGAUAUCAUCUCCCGAAUGAUGACACAUUCCGUCAAGGUCAUAGGCGACUUCAACAGAUGCAUCCACAAUAUAGAAAUGCCCAAACUGAAGUACCUACUGAAAUUCAUGAAAAAAUACGCCUGAUCAAAUAAUUCUAUGAAUUUAUGAAGUUUAUUUUGUAAAUAACAGACUUUUUGUCUGCUUUUUAUAUGUAGUUUCGACUUUUUUUAUACCAAACAACAAUUAGACUAAUACUUUUUGCAAAUAAACAACUAAUCUUAAA